GUUCUUACUUCAACCCUACUUCUAGAAGAGAACAAAUAUUAGUUGGGGAGUUGUGGGUCCUUUUGGAUUUGUCAGUCAAUUAUUACGGCAAAAUCCGGUGUCGUUAACAGCUCCAUUGUCCAUACCUUCGUCCAUACUCCAUUACCAUUUGUGAAUCAACAAUAAAAGAUCCUAUUCACCGGAGGUAAAACACGCCGGCGAUCUCAUGGCCUCCACAGUCACAGUCUUGAAGCAGAGCUCCGUCUCACCUCCACCGUCGUCCUCCCCCACAGAAAUGUCACUUCCCCUGACAUUUCUCGAUAUGAUUUGGUUGCAUUUCUUGCCUAUCCAACGACUUAUGUUUUACGAAAUUCCAAACCUUUCCACAGCCCAUUUCAUCGACCAUAUUAUUCCCAAACUCGAGACUUCUCUGUCAAUCACCCUCCAAAACUAUCUUCCUUUAGCAGGGAAUCUCAUCAUUCCUUCGGGUUCGGGUUCAAAUCCGAGGAUGCCCGAGAUUCGUUACCUUCAAGGAGAUUCGGUGUCGGUUACCUUCUCCGAGUGUAACGAGGUUGAUUGUUUCAGUCACCUAACAGCAGAUGUAGCGAGAAAUUGCCGUGAAUUUCACUCCUUAGUUCCAGAGCUAUUUAAAACAGUUUUGAUGGAUGAGGUUGAUUCUAGUUCGGAUAGAGUUAUUCCGGUGCUUGGUAUUCAGGCGACUCUGUUUCCGGAUUCGGGGAUCUCCAUCGGGAUUUCGAACCACCAUUCGGUCGGAGAUGCUCGCACAAUAUUUCAAUUUAUGAAGACAUGGGCUAAUUUGAGCUUCCAACUCCACGGAGACAGAGACUCUGUUUCUGCAAAAUCAAUUGUAAGUGAAAAUCCACCAAUUUUCGAUCGGAAUUUAAUUCAUGACUCAAAGGGUCUAGCCUCAGUUUUCUUUCAACGUUGGAAUGGCAUUAUUGAGUUCGUGAAGACCAGCAAUUCAUUCUCUGUGGACGACUUUCUGAACAAGAUUAACGUUAAUGUCCGAAAAACAUUUGUCAUAACCCGAAAAGACAUCGAAAAACUCAAGAGCUUAGCCAUAAAAAAUGGCGAAAGGUUACUUCAUUUGUCAUCAUUCACGGUUGUCUGUGCGUACGUUUGGACAUGUCUGGUGAAGUCUCGAGCUCCGAGCGGGGAAGAUGUUAGUGAACAAGACCCGGAGCUUUUUUCCUUUUACGCGGACUGCCGGGGAAGAAUGAAUCCACGGUUGCCGGAAACUUAUUUUGGAAAUUGUUUGACUCACUGUUUGACAACAUCGGAGUACGGAAAACUCGUCGGAGAAGAAGGGUUCCAAACUGCGGGAGAAUUGAUCGGAAAAACCAUUCAUGGACGGUUGAAGAGCAGCGAGACGAUAUUCAGUGGGGCCGAGAAAUGGAUGGAAGGCCCAACAAGUGCCAAUUUGGGGAGGGAUGUUGGGGUGGCGGGCUCACCGAAGUUCAGCUAUUACAGUAUGGACUUUGGGUGGGGAAAACCCAAGUCAUUUGAGUUUGUUUCGAUUGAUCUCACUGGGGCUAUUUCUCUUAGUGGCUCCAGAGAAUCGGAUGGAAGUGUUGAAGUUGGUAUCUCAAUUCCUAAACCCAAAAUGGAAGCUUUUAGCACUAUUUUCAGGGAGGGACUUGAAGCUCUGUAAAUCGUAGUACUCCGUCCAUUCUGAAAUUAUUGUUCAGUUUAAAUUUUUCAAUUUUAGUUCAAAACAUACUAAAACUGAAAUUCAAAACUGGACAAUGAUUUUUAGACAAAUGGGGUAAUAGGUAUUUCUGUUUGUCUUUCAAUAUUCAACCUAUGCUUGUGAGAAAUGGUUCCUUGUUCUAUCAGAAAUAGUUAUUGGGUUUAAAUUUUUUUACUCCCUCCGUCCCAUAAUUAUUGUCCAG